GGCGUGGGGGGAAGAGGGUGCCGAUGCCACAGAGAAGCAGAACUGCAGCAGUGUCUCUGUGCAGGGCUGAGCUGCUGAUGGCUGUCAUGCACGCUUAGCCUCUCUGAUGGAGCUGCACCAGCCGUAGGGAUGAAGCUGGCAAGUGCAUCAUGCCAUCAUGCAUCCCCAGCAGAGCUGCCGCUGAGUGGCCCAUUUGUUACGAUGGACUGCGCAGCGAGGCGCCUGACGUUCUGUGCGCUGUGUUGUCAUUGAACACUGACUGCUUCGGCAUGGAGUCCUUCAUCGUGGUAUCAGAGUACGAUUCAACAGGUGCCAUGAGCGAGGAGCAGGGACUUGACCGACAGGAGGGACUGGAGGAAGAUGAGCGCAUGGAGCACUGCGGAGAAGAUACAAUCAUGUCUGACAGCAUUGGGCUUGAAGAGAAGACCGUCCCCAGCACUGGCGGGGGCCCGUUAGAUGAGAUGAGGGAGGCGCAAGUCAAGCUAAAUGUUUCCAGUCGAAAACUCUCUCUCCAGGAAAGGUCCCAGUCAGCACAGUCUCCCGGGAGUAACAUAGACAUGAACGAGCAUUACAUUUACCCAUCGCUCCCUUAUUCUCCAGUCACGUCUCCACAUUCGUCUCCUCGGCUGCCGCGGAGGCCCACAGUGGAAUCCAACAGAGUUUCUAUCACAGGCUUGCAGGACUGCGUGCAGCUUAAUCAGUAUAAGCUGAAAGACGAAAUCGGAAAGGGCUCCUACGGGGUCGUGAAACUCGCGUACAAUGAAGAUGACAACACCUACUAUGCAAUGAAAGUUCUUUCCAAAAAGAAGCUGAUGAGACAAGCAGGAUUCCCACGCCGCCCACCUCCUCGGGGAGCCAGAGCCAUACCUGAAGGCUGUUCCCAACCAAAAGGGCCAAUUGAACAGGUGUACCAAGAGAUUGCCAUCUUGAAGAAGCUGGAUCACCCAAAUGUGGUGAAGCUGGUGGAGGUGCUAGAUGACCCCAGCGAAGACCAUCUGUACAUGGUGUUUGAACUGGUAAAACAAGGGCCUGUCAUGGAAAUCCCAACCUUGAAACCUCUCACUGAAGAUCAGGCGCGGUUCUACUUCCAGGACCUCAUCAAAGGCAUUGAAUACUUGCACUAUCAGAAGAUAAUCCACCGGGACAUUAAACCUUCCAACCUUCUUGUGGGGGAGGAUGGUCACAUCAAAAUCGCUGACUUUGGCGUGAGCAAUGAGUUCAAAGGAACAGAUGCCCUUCUAACCAACACAGUGGGCACCCCUGCAUUCAUGGCCCCAGAAACACUCUCAGAAACCAGAAAAAUCUUUUCUGGAAAGGCUUUGGAUGUCUGGGCCAUGGGGAUCACGCUCUACUGUUUUGUGUUUGGGCAGUGCCCCUUUAUGGAUGAGAGGAUUCUAAGUUUGCACAACAAAAUCAAGACCCAAAGCUUGGAAUUCCCAGACCAGCCAGAAAUUACAGAGGAGCUGAAGGAUCUAGUUACACGGAUGCUGGAUAAAAACCCUGAAUCCAGGAUUUCAGUCCCAGAAAUCAAGUUACACCCCUGGGUCACCAAGAACGGAGUGGAGCUGUUGCCGACAGAGGAUGAGAACUGCACGCUCGUUGAGGUCACUGAAGAGGAGGUCGAGAACUCUGUUAAACACAUCCCAAGCCUGGCCACAGUGAUCCUGGUUAAAACGAUGAUCAGGAAGCGCUCGUUUGGGAACCCAUUUGAGGGGAGCAAGAGAGAAGAGCGAUUGCUGUCUGCCCCUGGGAACAUGCUGACCAGGAAGCAAGGCAGUGAAGAUCAUCUGAAGUGCAAUGAUUUGCCAAACGUGGGAGAGGAAGUUCUUUCAUGAAAAACAGCCUCGUGGUUACAAUGAGCAACUUUGUCCACGGCACCUGACACAACGUGCACCUGAGACUGGGAGACGUAACCACACCUAAGCCAAAUGAAGCAUGACAUAGCAGCGGCCCAGUAUAAUGCUGAGUGUCAACUUUACAUAGCAGCAUGUGAGAAAUCAGACUACAGCACAUGUCACAAACAUUGAACAUCUGAGUGUUAAAAAAGUCACCUCAAUGAAGCGCAGUGGAUUUCUUGUGUGAAAUGUGUUGGCUGACAUCAGAAAGGUGAGCUGAUGUGAAGGACAGUGAAAGGGUUCACAAACGGCAAACCAGUGCAGUUAUAACAGCUUUUAAGUGGUGUGAAUGCCAGCUAUUCAGAGACUAAUCCCCAUGUUACAUGGGUAUGUUACACCCCUAGAUACAAGGUGGGCAUGUGUAAGUGUGGAGCUUUUGCAAAGUGGCAGACACGGCAGUGAAUUUAGAAUUAUGCACUUGGACUGUUCACGACGUACCAGAAAUGUUGUUGCAUCUGUUUCUUGAUUCCUCUGAAUUGAAACAUUUUUAACUGCAUGGAAACGAAGCAAAAAAACACCUCCUCAGCUGCUUUAACAAAGCCUGCCUCUGUGAGUAAAGUUUUAUCAGUUUAACUAAGAGCAUCUUCAGGAAGUUGGUAAACUAAUGCUAAAUACAGUACUUGAAGACACUGCUUUCCUUUCAGGUCUUGCUGUUGGCAUGACUAGCUGAACGCAUGUUGGGCAGAGUGUUCGGAAGGUAAAUGCAUCUAAGGGCUUACAGUCUGGAUGGCACUUUCCUACUGCAGCGGGCACCUGAGUGAAAGUUUGUUGCUGCAGUAGCUGAGCUCUUUCUCUGAAUGGCAAAAGAAGCACUAACAAAAGUAGAUUUCUGAAUCUUUUACUUGAUCUAGAAUAUAUAGUGUAACAUAAUUCAGGGUAAAAUCCUUCACUUCCAUGUACAUUACAUGGUUUAAUACAAGUUAAAAUAUAAUACAAUUUAUGCUAUUUUUAAAGUAUCUGACUAGAUGUAAUGCUCCUUUAGGAUUUCAGCUCUUCCUGAAGUACUUAGAUUAGCAGGUAUCUUACAAAGCAGCAUUUUUUCCCUCCAAAUUCCUUAUUCUGAGGGCCGUGCUGCGUUUUCCUGCUGGCUAAUAGCCAAUAGUUUGUACAGCCCUGUGAGGUAAAGGCUCAUUAGCUGACCUCGGUACAUUCAGUGAAUAACUAGUUUAGGAUUACUCCUUGCUAUGAGCACUUUCAUCUUUGCUCCGGUUGUUUUGCAAUUAUUUUGUGGUGUUGGUAAAAUCUAAAUAGCAAGCAGUGGUAUAGAGCAAACUUCCCGAGCGGGAAUCCUCUGUGAUGGAGUAAGGCAGGAGAGCUACGGUAACACCAGAGUGGAGAAGAAGCAGGUUUGAGAUUCUGUAUCUGACUGAAAGAAGGAUCAAGGCAGGUAGGAUGGUCUUGUGGAUACACGACAGCAGUGGGAGUGCAGAGAGCUGCUGUGUCUUCUCAGCCCUGCCACUGGCUUGUGGAGUGACUGAGCGUAAGUCGCCUCGGUUGCAAGGCAGAUGUGGAACAGAGAGGAUUCCUUGGAAAGGGCUUGCGAGGCUGAAUUCCUUGUGCUCUGAUGGAAGGGGUUGUCUGAUUAGUAAUAUCCCCCCACCAACCUACAGCAAGGCAGUCAGCCAGAGCCAUUACGACAUGGAUGGUUGCUUUCCUGCCCGCCUCUGAAAUAUUAGUUCUUGGAUGCUUCACGAGGCAGAGUGCUGGAGUGGUUGGCCCCUCUCCAUGGUAGAGCAGAUCUCAUUGCCCUGGAAUGACACAGCUGUGCUUUUUUAGGAAAGGUCCCAAGUCAUAUAGUUAGAUACAGUCCUAUCCCAGUUCACUGAGGCACCUCUACUCUCAUCCUCACAAAACUGAUGAUGUGAAAUACAGAAGAGUCACAGCUUCCAUGAACGGGUCAGGUUUUGGGAGCAGAAUCAUUGGAGGUCGAGCAGUGGAAAGGAGACAGGGCUCAUCCUGUAACUUUAUCGGAGGCCACGACCUGCCAUGACUCCACUGCUUUGCUUUUUAAUACCAAGGAGAAUUAGGCAAUUGCAGGCUGCAAACCUUCUUCCUCCCCACAAAAUUUCCUUUUUUCCUUCAUGGGAAUACUCACAGAUCUGGAGCUGCUGACCAGGUCUGGCUGCUCCUAGAUGGGUGUUUUCCAAAAAUGUGUCUUACUAUCUAAAGUUCUCUGUAACUGUUCUUGUUGACAUUGUGCACAGAAGUACAUUCUUGUUAAAGAUCCAUGAGCAGUGAAUAUAUUCAGUGCCAAAUCUCUGCACUUGCCUCUUGCUGUUAAAGCUUAAUGACAGAGCUGGGGCAAUGGCAUAAGAGCGCAGUGUGGGUAGUGAUGCAGCAGUAAACAUGUGCUCAAGGACAGUGGUGAGGCUCCUGAGGUUCGGUGCAGCACAGCAACUUGUGGACAAGGUGCCCUUUGCUUCCUCAACCAACCCCCCAAACGAGUUUUCUGCAGGAGCCAGUUCCAUGCGUGAACCUCUGCUGAGCACGCUCUCCUGUUUUAACCUCGGCUUUCCUUUUUGGUCAGGUGUAUUGACAAUACAAAACUCUGAAGUGUCUGAAGCGUGAGGAAGAUGUGUUCGCUAAAUGCAUGGCCUGUUAGAGUGACUAUAUACAAACCUGUUCAGCUCUGCGCUUGCUGUCCUUUGCCAGUGAAGCAAUCUCUCUCUCUCUCUCUCUCUCUCUCUCUUUUUUCAUGUAGUGCAGUAAGCCUUUCUCCUGUGCCUUUUGAAAUAGCUGGUUUCCCACACCCCCUUCUUCAAAUAAGCUUCCCACUGACGUAAGUUGUCCCUGAGUGCAAGGCCAGAUGGCUCUGAAAUUGCAAAGGGACAACUUGGCCUUUUGGCUUUGCUAGCUUAUUCCCCCGCUGGUGCCCUGUUAUCUACUAGAUAAUCAGUCUUGUGGGUUUUCAAAGUUCCCUGCAUUGUCACUGACUUUUAUACUGUUUUGUUUAAUGCCCAAGGCUUGUGUUUUAUUCCCACCCCCUUUUUACUAUGCAUUUUACUUUAUCAGGUGUAUCAAGUUUAAAUACUGUGUAUUUAUCACUUUAAAUUAUAUUAACUAACUAAAAAAGAAAAAAAACCUCUAGAUGGUAUUCCACGACUGUUUAAACUUCUCUGUACAAGUGGAAAUAAAUGGCUUGCAAAAGUAAA